UUCACCCUUUACCUUCCUUUAAAAUGAUGAAAAUCUCAUUCAAAUUUCUCUCUUUUUCUUCUCUUUUCUUCCAUGUUCCCAUUCCUUUUGCUUUGAACUUGAAUUUCAACACCCAAAAAAAUUUACAAAAUUAAAAAAACACCCACAUUCUCUUUCUUACCAAUUUUCUCUCUCUUACCACUUUCUCUCUCUAGAAAAUGAAGUUCACUCCUUCCUCUGUUUCUUCAUCCUCUGUUUCUUCCAAUACAAAUUCUUCUUUUAGUGAAAAUUUCUACAAAAGUAAAGGCAAUACAUUUGGGUGUUUUUCAGGUGUUUUAAGCAGAAUUUUAUGUUCUAAAAGUCUCCCAACUCAUCCUUCUGAUCCAAUUGAGAAUUUCAAUCAAAAAAAAUUGUCAUCAAAAAUUGAAAUAGAUGGUUCAAACACACCUAAUGUAGUAGCAAGGUUAAUGGGUUUGGAUUCAAUGCCAGAAAUUUCUAUGAAAUAUUCUCAAAAGAUGCCGAAUUCGGUUUCGAGAAGUAAAUCAAUGGAUUCAGAGGAUUUCAGAGAAGAAACAGAGGAGAUUAAGGGGCAACACAGAAGAGUAAAGACUUCAGUUUCAUUUAGAGAAACUCCAGAUUUUUUUGAGCUUGAAGAUGGUGAUUUCUUUGUUUUAAGCUUUGAAAAUGGAGGUAAAAAGAAGAAGAAUGGAUCAAAUUUAGGUAAUUUUGAUGUGGGUAUUAAAGGGAAAAAACAUAGAAGGAGAAAAGAAAAAUGUGGGAGAAAACAGAGAAGAAACAGAGAUGAACAGAGUAAAGAAAGAGUGUUUUCAAAUGAAGAAAGAUUAACUUUGAAAAUUUCACCUCAAAAUUCUCCAAAAAUUGAUGCUUUUUUUGAUGUUCAAAAGCAAAGUUAUCAUCUUUCUCCUUUGAAAGAUAAGUUUUGUAGCAAAGAAGAGGAGUUUGAUGGAAUUAAAGCAAGAAAAAAGAAAAGGAAAGAGAUUUGUUUUGGAGAAAGUAAAGAUGAUGAAGUAGAAUGUGAUUCAGACAAUUCAAGCCCAGUUUCUGUUCUUGAUCAUAAUACUGAUUUUAUAAGUGAUCCUGAAGUUACAACAACAUCAGAAGAAGAUGCAAGAUUGGGAGGGUCUGAAUCUGUUAGCAAAAGUUAUACAUCUCAAAGUAAUGAAAGUGAUAAAGAACAUGCAAGGGAAACGUGUGGAAAUGAAGCUAUAAGUGUUGGGUUAAAAAGAAAAGAAUACAAAAAACAUGAAAACAUAGAAAUGUUGAAGAGAGUAUGCAAAUUGGCUGAGGUAGAGGUAAGAAAUUCAAAUUGGAAAUACAGGAGAAUGUUGAGGGAUGAUGAGUUGCAAGAUAUUGCUAAAGAUUUUGGUCAACGGAUUUUUAACCAGUUGGUUAGUGAGUUGAUAGAUCAACUUGUAGGAUUUGAAUGUCAGGAAAUUUGACCCUUUUUUUUUCCUUGCAAUAUUUCGUAAUUGUAUACCUUUUCUAUAUAGGAUGAAAUAUAUUUUCUCUGUUUCGUUUUAAUUGUAACAAAAGGGUAUUUUUGUGAAACAUAAAAUAUUCGAUUGUUACAUUUAAAAUGAAAGGGAGGAAGUAUGUAAGGUGCAUGGAGUAGAAACAAGAGAAAACUCUAUUCGACUAGUUGUAAGACUAGGGUUUAGAGGGUGGAAGAGCACCAAUGUACCCUCACCCUUUGCUUCUUUAUUACUAUCAUGUACAUAAUUAUAAGUAUUGUAGAAUUAGCUAUACUAGAAUCGAAAAGAAAAACUCUUAUGUCGAAAUUCUAAUUUUGUUUUUGUGUUUUUCAACUUUUUAAUGAUUCAAUUAGUUAAUUAAGGUUUUAAAUUCGAGAA